AUGACCACCUACUUGAGCAAUCACGCCAUCAAACAAGAGAUGGAGCUUAUUCGGCUUCGGCCAGGAGACCCAGAAUCAACUCAGUACGGGCUUUGGAAUGCAAUUCUAGGGCUACAGUUUCCUGUUUCCCAGGGAUUCAUCACACGCCCCCAAGACCGGCAUAGUUCCCAGGCCGGCGCGUACGGCUUUUCUGAUCUCCACACCUACCAUUACCGCGGCACUGCAACACAUGCGACAAAAUUUCUCAUCGUGCAAUGCAAAAGACCCAGCGCUUCUACUCAGAGUUCUGUUUGGCGGCAAGCUGUCGACCAGCUAGAUGAAUAUUUGAGCAAUACUCACGGCACACGUCGACCUGCAAAUCGUACUCCUGUGUAUGGAAUAGUCGCCAUCGGCUUGAAGCUGCGCGUCUACAAGUACGAUGAUGUCAACCAGGGUGUUCUCAACUGGGCACCAAGGGGGUCGGGGGUGAAAGGGGGCACAAUGUUGAACUUGGACAAAGAUGCCACCAAAGUACAAUGGAUCUUGAAUCACAUUUACCACAAUCACUAG